GAUCCCCCACCCCCACCCACUUUUCUACUGCACCUGUGUGCAGGAGGGAGCAUUUCUGAGCCUGACACUCAGGUGAGCUCACCAUAUGCGGAUCACAAACUCACAGCAAAUGGCUCAACACAAUGAAAACCACAAUGGGAGACGUGAAAAUGAAAACAAAGGGGUCAAAGCCACUUCCACUGUCUCUUUGGUUGAGGAGGAGCCACGGGACACAGACCCGUGGGACCUGCCAGAGCUGAAGGACACUGGGGUCCCAUGGUCAGCUUUGGAUACCAAAGCAAAGGUGCUGAAAAUCCUGGUGUCAGUGGGGAAGUUCGUCCUGUUGCUGGGUUUCCUAUACUUGUUCAUCUGCUCCCUCGACAUCCUCAGCUCAGCUUUCCAGCUUGUUGGAGGUAAAACCGCAGGUGAUAUCUUCAAGGACAACGUAGUUUUGUCCAACCCACUGGCAGGUUUGGUCAUCGGUGUUCUGGUCACGCUGCUGGUGCAGAGCUCGUCCACGUCCUCCUCCAUAGUGGUCAGCAUGGUCUCCUCUGGAUUGCUAACGGUCCAGUUGGCUGUUCCUAUCAUCAUGGGUACAAACAUUGGGACGUCCGUCACCAACACACUUGUGGCAAUGACGCAGGUUGGAGACCGCAGCACAUUUAGAAGGGCGUUUGCAGGAGCCACAGUGCACGACUUCUUCAACUGGCUGUCUGUUAUCGUGCUGCUGCCUCUGGAAGUGGCCAGUGGUUAUUUGUACGAAGUCACUAAGCUCAUCAUUGACUCCUUUAAAAUCCAGAGUGGAGAGGCCCCAGAGCUGUUAAACGUGAUCACGGAUCCCCUCACAGAGUCCAUUAUUAUGUUGGACAGUAAGGUCCUUAGUGGUAUUGCCACUGGAGACCCCGAAGCCCGGAAUAUGAGUCUGAUCAAGAGAUGGUGCAAAACGUUUACCAACACGACCCUAAGGAACGUCACGGUUCCUGGUCCAGAGAACUGCACCUCGCCAGUGCUCUGCUGGGUCGAUGGCAACUACACGUUUACACUGAAGAACAUUUCUGAAACAUACAAUCUGCAGAAAUGUAAACACCUCUUUGUGAAUGUAAAUCUUUCUGACCUGGCAGUGGGUCUGAUCCUGCUGGCCCUCUCUCUACUGGUGCUCUGCUCCUGUCUGAUCCUCAUUGUCAAGCUGCUCAACUCCAUGCUUAAGGGGCAGGUGGCUGUAGUCAUCAAGACAAUCAUCAACACAGAUUUCCCAUUUCCAUUCGGUUGGGUCACUGGUUACAUUGCCAUCUUAGUUGGAGCUGGAAUGACCUUCAUUGUGCAGAGCAGCUCAGUCUUCACGUCUGCUAUUACUCCACUUGUUGGUAUUGGUGUCAUCAGCAUAGAGAGAGCAUACCCACUGUCUCUGGGCUCAAAUAUCGGCACGACCACCACAGCCAUCCUGGCAGCCAUGGCCAGUCCUGGAGAAACACUGGCUAACUCUCUACAGAUUGCCCUUGUGCACUUCCUGUUCAACAUCUCUGGCAUCCUCCUGUGGUAUCCGAUUCCCUUCAUGCGCAUCCCCAUCCGGUUGGCUAAAGGUCUGGGCAACAUCACCGCCUCCUACCGCUGGUUUGCUGCAGUCUACAUCCUCUGCUGCUUUUUCGUUUUUCCACUCUUAGUCUUCAGCCUGUCGCUGGCUGGCUGGCAGGUACUGGUGGGUGUGGGUGUACCUAUAAUCGUCAUAGUGAUCUUCAUCAUAGUGAUCAACAUUAUACAGAAACGGAAACCCGGGUGUUUGCCCGCAGUACUGCGUUCCUGGGAUUUCCUCCCACUCUGGGCUCAUUCCCUCGCUCCCUGGGACAAAGUGGUGGGUGUGUGUACCGCCAAAUGCUGCUGCUGCUGCAAAUGCUGCCAACUUGCUGCUGAGGACCUGGAACACAGUAGGAAAGAAAACACACACCGAGAAAUGUAUGAUAACCCUGCAAUGAGUGCAGAGAAAGAGGUCGAAAAUGAGAUUCAGGCAGAUCUAAAUAUUCAGAAGAUGACCAAGCUUUGAGAGUUUGUACAUUCAUGGCACAUGAGCCAUUCUGGAACAGUUUCCACUAUAUUUAUCUUAAAACUUCUUCAUAUAGAUUGUUUAGUGUAAGAUAGGAAAUGGUUGUAGAAGGAUUUCUAAUUUAUAAGGCAAACACUGUAUGUUUAAGGUCCAGUGUGUAACAUUUAGGAGGAUCUAUUGGCAGAAAUGUAAUAAACUACCCAUCAGUAUGUGUGCAUACAAAUGUAUAAUUGCUUAAAAAAUAUUCAUAGCCUAAAUAUAUAUACGGUUACGUCCCUGUAAAGUCCAUCUGAUGAGGGGAGUAACAAUGCAUAACUAACCUCAGUUAUUUAUUUUAAAACGAGAAAGCGAAUAAAAAGUUUAUUCACAAUCAAUUACCAGAAUGUAAACUUAAAGCCAGCUGCUCCAAAAGUAGCUGAUCGGCCUACGAGAGCGGGAAAGACACCAUUAACUUAAACAGCCAGAUCAAACCCAGCUUAAACCACCAAAGUUAAAAUACACGCUUUGUCCACAGGAGAAAGUAUCACACAUACCGUGAACAAAGGGUAAGAAAAAGGUUGAGUAGAGAAAACACACAGCUUCCUAAGCUGCAUAGUGAAAUACAACACUUAGUGGCUCGCAGGCUAUCAGCAUGGCUCGAAAGAGGCCCGGCACAGCUUAUUCUUAGCUUUUUAUCUCCACAGCUUGACUGUUGAAUUGGAGGCACCUGUGGAACAGGCAGAAUGGGCGGUCCCACAAAGCACACAGCAAACACAGGAAUAGGGAUAUCCCACACAGCACCCUGGCAUGUAACAUAAGCCUUUAAUGUGAACAUAAAUGCAAGGGCUUUGCUUUACAGAGAUCGCCAUCGUGCAGCACCAAGUGUGCGUUUCAUGGAAAUAGAAGCUUAUCUACCUUUCUGGUGUGUGAGGGCCACUGUAGAUCCCUGGUGUGCAUUCAAAAAGUAGUUGUCUGCAAUUUCACCAUUAGAUUUUUUCUUUAAGUCUUACACACUGGACCAAAUGGGCUUUAAAGGGUAACAUGGCAAUAUUAUCUACAUAAUUCUAUACAUAUUUUUGGCAUGUAUUUGAGAGUCAGGUCCAAUAGAGUGGAACAAUGCAAAGCAAAGUGUCUGACCAGCACAUGCUGUUUGGUUGGAUUAUACUAUGUGCUAUGUGAAUACUUAAAUAUGUAUAUGAUCAGACCUGGCAGAGCACAGGCUUGUUGGAACAUUUGUUUUGUAUUUUUACAGACAAAAGAAAAUCUUUCUUUGACUGUGUAUAAGACACGUUGACAUCCUCAACACAUCGUUUUAUGGUGUAAAAAUUUUUUUAUUUUGUGAUUGAGAUGGAUAAUUGUAUUCAAGGAAUAUAUGUAGAUCGAAAUGAGAUGAAUGUACAUCUAACUUAAUGUUUUUAACCGCUAAUGUUUACUGUUGCUUUGUAUAUUAUUUCCCCUUGAUACCAAUAUAAAAUAAUAUAUAAACGA